UUUUAGUUCUCAGUUUGAUGAAGAUGAUGGGAAUCUAUUUUCUGUGUACGAUGGCAGUCGCUGCUGUUUUACUCUGCACUCCACCAGCAGGUAGCUAUACAUACCAGAUGAUGUAUGACUGCGAGUAUGGCAACAACAACACCGACAUGGUCUUCUUUGUUAAAAAUGUAUUUAACCAGAAGAUUAACACCAUGUAUGACUCCAGAGUUGGAAAAUAUGUUGGUUUUGGAGAAUAUGGCAUGAAAAACGCAGACCAUUAUAACAGCCAGGGUUGGAAAAUGUUCUUAAGAAGAGCUCAAGUGGAGAUUCUUUGCAGAUACAAUGCACAAUUGUUUAGAAGGAGCACACUGGAUAGAAAAGUGCCUCCAAUUGUCAAAGUCCAUCAGACCAAGCCAGCGGACUACGGGGAGCGGUCCAUGCUUGAGUGCAGAGUUCUGGGUUUUUUUCCUCAGGAGGUGAAGGUGAGCUGGCUGAGGGACGGAGAGGAGGUCACCACCGAUGUGUCGUCCACAGAUGUCAUGGCCAACGGGGACUGGAGCUUCCAGCUUCACUCGUACCUGGAGCUGACACUAAGGAGAGGGGAGCGGGUGACCUGCAGGGUGGACCACGGCAGCCUGAGGAAGAGCCUGGAGGUGGACUGGGACACUUCUCCACUGGAUACCAAGUACCUGAAGAAGUCAGUUGGGAUCAUCUUCUUCUUUAUUGGCUUCGUUGCAGCUGCUGCUGGAGGUGCUUACUACAGGUGGAAACAGAGGUUUGACUUCACUCCGUUAGGCAGACAAGGACAAACACCUCCAUGUAAUCUUUCAGAGUUUUAAUUUGGGGAAAAGGCUGCCUUUAUGCUGAAAAAAAUGAUAUAUAUUAUAAUAAAUUCAACCACUGAGCUCUGAAGAUAUAGUAAUGCACAUUAAAAAACACUGCAUUAAAAUUGCACCCAGUUUGGGUCAAUAUAACAAAUAUAUAGUUAUGUUGAUCCAGUGUUACACACAAUAAACUUCAGCUAAAAACAAUGUGAAUAUGGCAUUGAUAUUAAUGUUGCUGAGUCAUACAGCAGACUAUCAUUCAAGAUUCAUACUUAACAUUUGACACAGAGAUAAAAAUUAAACCAGGAUUCACAAUGUUUGUCUUCUUCAAAGCGUAAAAAUAUUCUGCAGUCAACUUUCAUGUCUGAGCUUAAUAAUGCAGAUAUUCUGUAUUGUCAUGCUGCCCCAGUUAAACCUUGUGUAUCAUAUUGCAUUACGCUUUAUCACAAAUAGUAUGUUUUGUACUCAUCAUUGCCCUCUGUAUCACACGGUCCGUUAGACUUCUUUACAGACAAGAUGAAAUAACCAUCUCAUGUUAUUCAUCUACACAACU